GUUUACCUGGAAUUGGAAUACAAGGAGAAAAGGGUGUUCAGGGACCGGUGGGGCCACCAGGAAUGAGAGGUUCACCAGGAGAAGGACUUAUGGGACCCAAGGGAGAUCAAGGUUUACCAGGGGAAUCUGGAGUACCUGGAGAGAGAGGUGUUGGAGAAUCUGGGGCAAAGGGUGAGCCAGGAGCUUCUGGAUUGGCUGGUUUGCCUGGGUUACCAGGUGAAGAUGGUGCACCAGGACAAAAGGGUGAGCCAGGUCUUCCAGGCCUCAGGGGCCCCGAUGGAUCUCCUGGAGUUGGCAUACAAGGUGAAAAGGUGAGUGCCAAG